GUGAAUUAACGCCUUGCACUUCACUCCUUUUGCAGUCUGUCUGAGGUGGAUCAUUCAAGCCUAAUCAUGAGCAGGAACUUCUUGUCCAAAAAUGAUGAGCUCCGCAAGGGAGACUUUCUGCUGUCCAACAACGGGCAGUGGAAGGCUGUUUUCCAGGAAGACGGUAACUUUGUCAUCUAUGGCUGGAAGCCUGUGUGGGCUUCAGACACUGCCGGAUCAGACGCUGCCCGUUUGUGCAUGCAGGCUGACUGCAACCUGGUCAUGUACAACAAAUCUGAUGAACCCAGGUGGCAUACUAACUCCGCCAAAUCCAGCUGCAACAUGUGCCGCCUUUACCUGACCGAUGACGGCAAACUGUCGGUGGACAGGGAGUGUGAUGAGAUUUGGAGCUCUUCUAGCUCCAAAGGCAUGAAGUAAUGAAAUGAUGCUUUUGAAAUUUAUUGCACAUGAAAGUUAUUUUUGGCUGUCAACUGGAAUCAAAUAAAAGAAAAUUCUAACAAUGCA